CCCGAGGACUGGAAAAAAGAGCAGAAAAAAGGGCGAAAGGGGCUGGGGAUGCACGGCUGGGCAGGAGAGACGCAGCUUCACAUGCUGAAAACCAGGACUGCCAAAGCUGCUGGACAUGGAGGCUCCUCACAUUUACGGAAUAAACACUGUUGUGGACCUACAGUGAGUUUGUAAAGGCGGACAGUUUUAGUGUUUACUUAGUUUUUUCUUGAAUCGUUUGCUUUCAUACACACACACACACAUCUGCAGUGAUGUGGGCUGCAGACCGCAGCAGGACCGCUGCGAUUCUCCUCUCCCUGCUGGGAUAUCUCGUUUCCAAAGCGGCGACCAAAACAUCCCCGAAAGACGCAGUCACACAAGAGGUGACACUGAAGGUUCAUCUGAGCGAUGCAAGCACCCACCAGCCUCUAUUUGGAGCCACCGUACAGCUCUUCGCCAACCACACUUCUGUAACCACAGAAACCUCAUCAGCUGAUGGCAAUACCUACCUGCACUUCCCCUACCGCCUUGGGACGCCACUGGUUGUCUCCGCAACCAAACAAGGAUAUGUGCCAAACUCUGUCCCCUGGACCCCUUCUAAAUUACCUGUAUUUUCCUCCAUCAGUCUGGAUCUGCUUCCAGAAAGAGCUGCUACCUUAAUGGUGUAUGAAGAUGUUGUUGAGAUUGUGUCAAGCUUACAAGGUGUAAGAAGCCAGCCAGGUGUUCAUUUCCAUCGCAGAGCUCUUAGUCUUCCUGCCAACACAUCCAUCACCAACCUGACUGCUCUUCUCACCGUGGCGAGCUCCCCCUCAGACAUCCAGCAUUUUCCUCAUCUGCAGAUUCUUGGCAGCAACAGCACGGGCACAGAGAAGAAGUUUGAGUUGACUCCUGUGGCAGCCAUCUCUGUCCACCUAUUGGCCAGCGAUGGAGUGGAGCUGCAAGUGAAUGGGCCAAUCACAGUCUCCGUACCUCUUCCAGCAGACAGCGGCCUUAAGGAAAGUGAUCACAUCCCUACAUGGAGAUUUGACCCACGUUUAGGUGCCUGGAUAAAGAGCAAUGGGGCUCAUGUGCAAAGAGAGGGUAACCAGCUCAUUCUGACCUAUAUCGCUCCCCAGCUGGGGUACUGGGUGGCUGCCAUGUCUCCUCUAUAUUCAGGGCUGGUGGUUGCGAGGGACAUCAGCACAUACCACACCGUGUUUCUCUUGGCGAUACUAGGGGGCAUGGCUCUCAUCCUGCUGUGCCUGUUGUGCCUCCUGUUGUACUACUGCAGACGCCGUUGUUUGAAGCCACGAGGGUCUCAUCGCAAGCUCACACUGUCCACUGGUCUGGAUGGCAGUAAGAGGGAUCAAGCCACUUCUAUGUCUCACCUAAACCUCAUCAGUAAUGAGGUGCAGCUGGAACUAGUUUCCACAGCAACUGAGCCUGACAUGACCACUCCAAUGUUGAAACAAUCGUCAUAUGAACAUCGAGACAAUCGGCGUCACCCGAGUUUAAUCCAGCAGAGCAAGCACAGUCGUUCUUCUCUCGGCAACCACAGCCACCACGGCUCAUCGCUCGGCAAUCUGACACCUCGAAGCAGAGAAUACCGACAGUCCGCAGAAACAUUCCAGUUAAAAACCGCCCUUUCAUCUGGGACAGAAAGGGGCUACCGUCAGUCAUACACCUCUGUCUGCUCAUCCAGUAACCACAUUUCUGACCCAUUGUCAUCAUGUAAUCACGGUCAGAUGUCUGCUACACAGCUGAGCAGCGUUGGGAUUAUCGAUUGCAUCUCUCCUUCCUCUCCUCCUCACUCUCCCAGCAGGGGAGAGGGAGGUGACUGCAGGGGUCCUGAUCACCUUCUGUCCCGCUCUGUGGACCACCUGGAGCGUGCAAACCUCCAGGCCCUCUCCCGACCGGGCCAGCUGCUCUGCUGCGGCUCUGUAGAUCUACUGAGCGGAGGAGAAGGAUACUCCAGAGUACGUCCCACACUGGUGAUCCCAGCACACUACAUGCGACUUCCUGGGGAGCAUCCACUAUCCGGCCAAGCACUCCUGCUGCAGACCGACCAGCAGAGUGAUUUGGAGACUAUCCAGGCUGAGCUCAAUGCCUCACAUUCUCAGCAGCCCCUGGGGCAAACUCUCACUGACUGCACCACAACUCCCACCAGCAAUGGGGAUGAAGAAAGUCUCGGUUUGUCAGACUCUCUUCCAGCAGCACUUGGGGAAACGGGUCUUGUUGAAAUAAACAAAGAGGACACCUUGCUGGCUGAAAAGACUCUAAUGGAGCUAAGAGGAGGAAAGCCUCUUCCUCACCCACGAGCUUGGUUCGUUUCACUUGAUGGACGCUCCAAUGCUCAUAUCCGCCACUCAUACAUCGACCUCCAACGGGCGGGUUGUCACAGCAACACACCCAGUUCAGGAGGACAGGAAGAUAGCAACAGUGGAAGACAUGGCAACAGCAACGAUGCCAGUCUGGACUCUGGUGUGGACCUGAACGAGCCAAGAGUGGGACGCAGGGGGAGAGACGCAGAGCGGGAGGAAAGACAGAUUGAAAGAGACAGAACAAAGGGUGCAACACCAGCCAUGGCCUACACUCAGCUGGUGUAUGUGGAUGAUCUGGAUGAAGGAAGCAAUGAGGAGAAGUACAGUCCCCAAGAUAGCACAACGGGAUCAUCUCUGCCAGACAAAGCAGAGGGGAAGAGAGUGGAUCAGGGACAGGAGCAUAUGGAGGGGAUUACAGUUGAAGGAAUUGAAAGAGUACAAAUACAAGAGGAACCUCCCUCACUGUUCCCAACGUCCCCUGUCUCCCCUCCUGCCCUGCCAACACCAGAGGGAAUGACUUUCAAGACUGAUCAUGUGCUGCUGUCUGUCUCCCCAGAUGAUGAUGCAGCACAUGAAGAGGGAGAGGAGGAAAAGAAAAGCCCCUGGCAGAGGAGAGAGGAGCGACCCCUGCUGGCCUUUAACCUAAAAUGACCAGUUAAAGAAAAAGGUUCAGACUUCUAGUCUGUUUUAAGAAAAACAAAAAAAACUCACAUGCCAACUCUGAAAGGGUUUUCGGAUGCCAUUUCAUAUGUCCAUAUUGAUCCCUUCUUAAAGUGAGAUAAAUGUAAGUUAAACAGGCUUGUCUUCAUUCUGUGCAAAAAACAAUUCUGUGUUAAACGACAUUGAUUUUGAAGAUACUCAUUUAGCUUUAGUAACUCAAAUAGACUUGAAUUAUAGUGAGGACUGGAUUUUGCCACCCAGUCUCAUACAAUAUUAACUUUAAGGAGGGAUCUCUUUGCUGCCAGUAUGGACAGAAGGAAAAGGAAUUAGGAGGCAUAUGGGCAUGUCGGAUUUGCUUGUAGAUAAAAAGAAAAGUAAACCUAUUCGUAAGCCAUUACUCCUCCUCUGUCCAGACAAUUCCAUGAAGGAUGUGUUUUAAAUCGAAGCCUUCUGCUCUACAUACAGCACUGAGAAAGUAAUUCAGCACUGGGAUCCAUUCUAGUUCAAAACUGAACGAUUUAGAUCCCUCAUGGACUUCUUGGAAAAUUUAUGAAAUGACCACUGUCAUUCUCAUGACACAUUAUAUGAACACACCAUGCGUGACGACACAUUGCCAGUGGGGAGACAAAUGGACUUUGGAGGCGCGAAAAUAUGAUAUUUUAUGCACAGAAUAUAUGCCUUCUUUUGAAUACAAACAGCCUCUUAAGCGUAAAUAAACUCUGGUAGAAAUAGUUUAUGGGUGGUUUUCAAGAGUCUUGAUCACAGGAACCUUUUUUUUUUCUUGAGCCAUAUUGGCCUGGGUCCACCGGCAAAAUCAAGAAACACAAGACCAAUAACCCAACUUGGCCAUGUUGACUGAUUUUUGUGGUUGUGGACCAUACUGGGCAGGUGAUACGUGUGUAUCCAGUCUGUUAGGAAUUUCCUGUACUGUUAAGGAUCUAGCAUGAGCGCUGCACCAGUAUCAGCCUCGACACAAACAUGUUAAUCCUGUGCUUUGAAUGGUUUUCAUUAUGUUGCUAGAGUUUAAUCUAGCCUGUCGGAGAGCUCUGUGGGUACUUACAUGAACUCCACAGGGAAUUAAGUUUUUGUUUGAGGAGCCUAAACCACUACCUGCUCUUUAGCAUAAUUAGAUAAUGUGACACACCACUUUGCUGGUGGGUAAGGAUGCAUUACCACUACGAAACAGUAGUCCCACUCUAAGUAAUAGUUAGGUAUGAUAAUAUGAAGGGUUUUGUAAUUGUUGAACCACUGACAGGCAUAUUUUUGCUCUCGAGGCUAUGCAUCACUUUUAUAUGGCUGCUUGAGAUGCCUUUUUUUUGUAAAUUUUAAUCACCAUACUUUUAAUUGUCAACAUGAAGUAUUUUACCUGAAAACGGGCUAUUUUUUUGUUCUUUCACUAUGUUAAGGGCUUUAUCUCUUACUUGGCUUUUUGAGCUAAAGCAAACACUGCAUAAGAUUUUUCCUGAAAACAAACUACUUGCUGUGUUUCACCUUUUAUUUUCACCUUUCCCCCACAACCCAAGUGCCUUUAAACAACCUGAUCCUUCUAGGAAUUUGUUGAAAACAUCACCUUAUUUAUUUCUAGCCUUCUUUUGCCUACAGCUUUCUUCCUCUACCUCAGCCCUCCCUUUCACUCCUGCUUGUGAAAGAAAGCAUGCAGUAAACUUUCUUCAGCACUGGCAUAUUAAAGGCUACACUGCAGACAUCUCAGAAAAUGUCUACCAGCUGCUGCAAUCGUAAAAUCGUCAACAGCAAUCAGCACAGCACCGAUCUCUGAGAGUAAGCAGUUUGCAGAAGUCUUCAGUGUGGUACAGGAAAGAUAAUGCUAAGUGUGAUUGUAAGUGAAGCUACACUGCAAGCUAUUUCAGUGCAUUUUCUUAUCUAUUAUGUUUUUUUGGAGGAUGAAUGUUUGUAUGCGUUUGUUGUAGUGGUAGUGUCCAUCCGUGAUGCUGCUGAGUUUGAUUAUCUUACGGAAAAAAUGAUCAACACACAACCAAUCAAGAUUCAUGUAGUCAUAGCAAUCAUAUUGCAGAAUGUGUAUAGUUUCCUUACUUCUGCCUGAUCAAAAUCAUGUGUGAGUUGAUGUUGUGGUUGUGAGUGGCAUUUUCCCACAGCAGCCUUCAGUUUUUGGGUGGAGUAGCAAUACAGCAUCCUGAGUGUGUAAAUUGGUUACUUGCAUUAUAUUUGAAACAUAUUAUUCUGAAUAAACAACCAAACUGGA